AUGAACCCAAAUGAGAACAAGUUGAACUCAUCUGCACUCGAGAAGGACCCCAUCAGCGUACAGCUUAAUGGGGCAGAUGUGCACUCUCUUUCUCUUUCUGUAUUUCUGUCUGUCUAUUCAUCUGUCUGUCCGCCUCUGUCCGGCCAUCUGUCUGUCCAACAGGGCCUCGAGAAUUGUCGACCUGACUUAUUUCCAACACAGAGUGUCACGUUCGAGUCCUGA